GUCCCACGUGCGGGAGGCGAAUGCAGUUCAUGCUGUCCUGGGCCACCUGCCCUUGCAGCAUAUCUCGUCUCUCGAUUAGCCGAUAACCAACUGCCCAACUGGGGCGCAUCACAUACUGGCUGGCGGUGGAUCAGGCAAGAAUGUAGCACGCCUUGCAGCAAAUGCUCUGUUGUCUCACGAGGAGUUCCCUCCAUGCAUUCCUCCAAGAAGAGAGGGUAAUAUAUACCCGGUUGCCAUCUUUAACCUUUGCUACUCCUCAGUCGCUAGCGGACGAAGAGCCUACAGUCCCAAAGAACGUGACUUCCCUUCUCGCCUUCAUUGCUCUUGGUGUUUUCGAUCCCUCCAGCUCUCUCCGCAGCUGUCCCAGCCGCAGAAAGACUCGGAUGAAUCAGUCGUGGGACAGCGGAAAAUGAUGGUGAAAGGAGACGCACCGGUGCAUAGCGGCAGCUGUUUCUUGCAGCCGCCGGAGAGGAUGAUGAGACUUCCUGAUGUGCUCCUACUCCAAAUCCUUCUUCUGCCGGUGUUCGCCUGCGCCGUGGAUCUUCCGGCGCCGCUCAACGACGAGGUGAUGGGCCUCAUCGUGUUCAAGGCGGCGCUGGAGGACCCGACGGCGGCGCUGGCGUCGUGGAACGAGGCGGACGCUACCCCGUGCGGCUGGGCGCACGUCCGGUGCGACCCUCGCACGUCCCGGGUCGUUCGCCUCGCCCUCGAUUCGCUCUCCCUCUCCGGCCCCCUCCCCCGCGGCCUCGACCGCCUCCCGGCCCUCGCCUCCCUCUCCUUGUCCAACAACAACCUCUCCGGGCCCGUCCCCCCGGGCCUCUCCCUCCUCCCCGCCCUACGCUCCCUCGAUCUCAGCCGCAACUCCUUCUCCGGCAGCCUCCCCGGAGACCUCGCUUUUCUCCCCUCCAUCGUCUCCCUCGACCUGUCCUCCAACGCGCUCUCCGGCCCUCUCCCGGACUCCCUGUUCUCCGCCGCCACCUGCGGCUCGCUCCGGUUCCUCUCGCUCGCCGGGAACCGCCUCGAGGGCCCCUUUCCGUCCGCAUUGUCCCGCUGCUCUUUUCUGCUCUACCUUAACCUCUCCAACAACCGAUUCUCUGGCUCCCCGGACUUUGAGACCGGCCUAUGGUCUCUCUCCAGGCUCCGAGUGCUUGACCUGUCCCAUAAUUCCUUCUCCGGACCUGUUCCCGAUGGCAUCGCGAAUUUGCAUCGCCUCAGGAACCUCCAGCUGAACGGCAACCGCUUCUCGGGAACCAUCCCAGCCGGCGUCGGGCUCUGCCGGCACCUGAGCAUCUUGGAUUUGAGCUACAACUCAUUCGAGGGAGCCCUGCCGAGCUCCAUGAGGUACCUCGGUUCGUUAACUUCUCUCAAACUGUCGGACAACCAGUUGUCCGGAGACGUUCCUGCGUGGAUCGGAAACUUGACGACCAUUCAGCAGGUGGACCUGUCAAACAAUAAGCUCGCCGGGAAUUUGCCUGCUUCUCUCGGCGGCCUAAAAGAGGUGAAUUACCUGAGCCUGUCGAACAACCUGCUGACCGGAGCUAUCCCGGACACGGUUGCAGGAUGCACGAAGCUCUCUGAGCUGCAUCUGAAAGGGAAUCGUCUCAACGGCAGCGUUCCACUGGGACUGUUCGACCUCGGGCUACAGGUUCUCGACUUGUCAUCGAAUGAGCUCACUGGCACGGUGCCUGCAGGAUCGACAUGGAUAUCAGAGACACUGCGGUCCUUGGACCUCUCAGAUAACAAGCUCAAUGGUACCAUUCCGCCGGAGAUGGCGUUGUUCUUUGGCUUGACGUAUUUGAACCUCUCGUGGAACGACCUCCGGACUCAGCUGCCGCCGGAGCUCGGGUUGUUUCGGAACCUGUCGGUGUUGGAUCUCCGAAGCAGUGCGUUGUAUGGCUCGAUCCCUGGAGAUCUCUGUGAAUCCGGCAGCCUCUCCGUCCUGCAAUUGGAUGGCAACUCUCUGACAGGUCCAAUUCCUGAGGAGAUCGGAAACUGCUCGUCCUUGUAUCUGCUGAGCUUAUCGCAUAAUAGCUUGAACGGUUCGAUUCCGGCGUCCCUGUCGCAGCUAAAGAAUCUUGAAAUCCUCAACUUGGAGUUCAACAACUUGAGCGGCGAGAUACCGGAGCAGCUCGGUGGCCUGGACAAUCUCUUGGCGGUGAACAUAUCGCACAACCAGCUCAUCGGCCGGCUUCCGAUGGGCGGCAUAUUCCAGAGCCUGGACUCGAGCGCACUGCAAGGAAACCUCGGCCUCUGCACUCCCCUCGUGAUGGAGCCAUGCAAACUGGACGUCCCCAAGCCGCUGGUCCUCGACCCCGACGCUUACGCCCGAGGCAACGGCAACGGCGUGCCGGCGGUAACCAAUCCGGCGAUGCCGAUGCGGCACAGAAGGUUCCUCAGUGUCUCGGCCAUCGUCGCGAUCUCGGCUGCCGUCGUCAUAUUUCUUGGAGUUAUGGCGGUCACUCUUCUCAACAUGUCGGCCCGAAGGAGAGCAGGGCUGAUGGAGAAUGCAUUGGAGCGCGUGUGCUCGAGCUCGACGAGGUCAGGGGGGUCGGAUCUGGGGACGAUGGUGGUGUUUGGUCCCGGAAGCAACCUGAGACCGGAGGAUUUGGCUAUUGGCACCGAAGCCUUACUGGCCAAGGCCACCAAGUUAGGCAGGGGAGUGUUCGGGACGGUGUACCGAGCUUCCGUCGGCGAAGAAAGGGUGUUCGCCAUCAAGAAGCUGUCAACAGCUAACAUCGUUCAGCAUCAGGAGGACUUCGAUCGCGAGGUCCAGAGACUAGGAAAGGUGAGGCACCCAAAUCUUAUGCAACUGGAAGGCUACUACUGGACGCCGGAGCUGCAGCUGCUGAUAUCGGAUUACGCUCACCAUGGGAGCUUACACUCGAGGCUUCACAAGAGGACCGAAUCGACGCCACCGCUUCCAUGGCGCGAUCGCUUCAAGAUCGCGCUGGGGACGGCUAAGGGCCUCGCUCAUCUGCACCAGUCGGUCCGCCCUCCCAUCAUCCACUACAACCUCAAGCCGACGAACAUCCUCCUGGACGAGAACUGCGACCCAAAGAUAUCCGAUUUCGGGCUCGCCAGGCUGCUGCAGAAGCUCGACAAGCACAUCAUAAGCAGUAGAUUCCAGAGCGCCAUGGGCUAUAUGGCGCCGGAACUUGCGUGCCAGAGCCUGCGGGUGAACGAGAAGUGUGAUGUGUAUGGGUACGGGGUGCUGAUCGCGGAGCUGGUGACGGGGAAGAAGCCGGUGGAAUACGGAGACGACGAUGUCGUGAUCCUGAUCGACCAUGUGAGGGCGCUCUUGGAGCAGGGCAGAGUGUUGGAUUGCGUCGACUCGAGCAUGGGGGAGUUCCCGGAGGAGGAGGUGCUGCCGGUGCUCAAGCUGGGACUAGUAUGCACGUCUCAGAUACCGUCGACUAGGCCUUCCAUGGCGGAGGUUGUUCAGAUACUACAGGUGAUAAAGGCACCACUUUAGAAGGAUCGACGUGAGCUUCCUGAUGCCAUUGCCACAAACUGUGCCUCUCGCCACUAGUUGCUUUCCUUCGAGCUGCUUCACCGAUGCAGCAUUCCCAGAUCAUGCAAGGGAAUUCUAUUCCAAAUAUUUCUAAUGAAAUGAUCCAUUUGGUGUAAGACUCAUGUUAACAUGGUUAUUUGGUUGA